AUCUCAAAAUGGGCGUUGUGUCUCCCUCUCCUUCAGUUGAAGCCAGUUUAUAACUUGUUCUCGAAGCCAACUACGAGGUAUAAAAGCAGGCUCGGCAGCGAUUCGAAUUAGAAGCUUCUGCUCCUCCGACCGAUUAGGAACACCACAAUGCUGCGUGCCUGCAUCGUCCUCGCCUUGGCCACCAGCGCCUUUGCUGGUAACGUUGGUCACGUUGCUGGUGGCUACACCCUCGCCAGCAACCUCGGCUACGGCCUUGGCUACGGCAGCCUCGGCUAUUCCGGUCUUGGAUACGGUGGCCUUGGUCUCUCCCAUUAUGGCCUGUCCCACGGAGUUGGCUACUCCGGCCUGACCGGCUACGGUGCUGGCUUCGGAUACGGAUACGCCCCCGCUGCCAGCUACGCCGUCGCUGCUCCAGCUGUUACCCGCACCGUCUCCACCUACCACGCUGCUCCAGCUGUGACCGCUGUCCACGCCGCUCCAGCCGUAACCGCUGUGCACGCCGCCCCAGCCGUCACCUACGCUGCUGCCCCAGCUGUCACCAGGGUGGUCCAGGCCGCUCCAGUUGUCCAGACCUACGCUGCUGCCCCAGCUGUCACCAGGGUGGUCCAGUCCGCUCCAGCUGUCACCUACGCCGCUGCUCCAGCUGUGACCAGGGUCGUCCAGGCCGCCCCAGCUGUCACCAGGGUGGUCCAGGCCGCUCCAGUUGUCCAGACCUACGCUGCCGCCCCAGCUGUCACCAGGGUGGUUCAGUCCGCUCCAGUUGUCACCAAGGUUGUCCAGUCCACUCCAGUGGUCGCCAGCUACGCCGCUGCCCCAGCCGUGACUGCUGUCCACGCUGCCCCAGCCGUCGCCACCUACGGCGUUUCCCACGUUGCCCACGCUGCCCCAGCCGUCGCUACCUACGGAGUUGCCCACGUUGCCCACGCUGCCCCAGCCUUCGCCACCUACGGCGUUUCUCACGUUGCCCACGCUGCCCCAGCCGUUGCUACCUACGGCGUUGCUCACGCUGCCCCAGCCUACUACGGCUACGGUGUUGGCUCCCUCGGCUACGGUGCCGGCAGCUACGGUUACGGCCACGGUCUCCUUGGCUACGGCCUGAACUACGGCUACGGCCUUGGCUCUCCUCUCAGCUACUCCACCCUCCUCCGCAAGAAGAAGUCUUGUAAGACGCUGCUCGUAUUUGUUCGCCCCUUUGGACUGUAUUGUCCCUCGACGUACAAGGCAACAGUGAAUGUGUCACCACUGGGUCAGUAUCCUCACAAGUCAAAGCCAGUUCUUAACUUGUUCUCGAAGCCAACUACCAGGUAUAAAAGCAGCCUCGAAAGCGGGACCAGUCAGAAGCUUCUGCUCCUCCGACGGAUUAGGAACACCACAAUGCUGCGUGCCUGCAUCGUCCUUGCCUUGGCCACCAGCGCCUUUGCUGGUAACAUUGGUCACGUUGCUGGUGGCUACACCCUCGCCAGCAACCUCGGCUACGGCCUUGGCUACGGCAGCCUCGGCUAUUCCGGUCUUGGAUACGGUGGCCUUGGUCUCUCCCAUUAUGGCCUGUCCCACGGAGUUGGCUACUCCGGCCUGACCGGCUACGGUGCUGGCUUCGGAUACGGAUACGCCCCCGCUGCCAGCUACGCGGUCGCUGCUCCGGCUGUUACCCGCACCGUCUCCACCUACCACGCUGCUCCAGCUGUGACCGCUGUCCACGCCGCUCCAGCCGUGACCGCUGUGCACGCCGCCCCAGCUGUCACCUACGCUGCCGCCCCAGCUGUCACCAGGGUGGUCCAGUCUGCUCCAGCUGUCACCUACGCUGCCGCCCCAGCUGUCACCAGGGUGGUCCAGUCUGCUCCAGUUUUCCAGACCUACGCCGCCGCCCCAGCUGUGACCAGGGUGGUCCAGUCCACUCCAGUCGUCCAGACCUACGCUGCUCCAGCUGUCACCAAGGUUGUCCACUCCGCUCCAGUGGUCGCCAGCUACGCCGCUGCCCCAGCCGUGACUGCUGUCCACGCUGCCCCAGCCGUCGCUACUUACGGAGUUGCCCACGUUGCCCACGCUGCCCCAGCCGUCGCCACCUACGGCGUUUCCCACGUUGCCCACGCUGCCCCAGCUGUUGCUACCUACGGUGUUGCUCACGCUGCCCCUGCCUACUACGGCUACGGUGUUGGCUCCCUCGGCUACGGUGCCGGCAGCUACGGUUACGGCCACGGUCUCCUCGGCUAUGGCCUGAACUACGGCUACGGCCUUGGCUCUCCUCUCAGCUACUCCACCCUCCUCCGCAAGAAGAAGUAAAUCCUGUUUCUCUUGAGACUUGGACCGGAAAGAAACCACACAGUCAUGGACAACCAGAUUUUCUUGUUUCAGUGAUGUAUAAUCACUGUUAUGGCAGAAUAAACUGUUUGUCUGAUA